GGUUUGCAUCACAUUAAUGAUCCACCACGUCCACUCAGGCUGGUGACUCGGACAAGACUACAUGGCACCAACAUCAUGCUCCCUAUGUCGUGACGCUAAGGCGAUUCUGAAACGCCCUAAGACCGGGCAGCAGAUAUGCAAGAAUUGCUUCUUCUUCGUCUUUGAAACAGAAGUCCAUCAUACAAUUACAGAAUCAGAGCUGUUCAAGCCAGGCGAUCGAGUCGCAAUCGGUGCUUCAGGCGGGAAAGAUUCGACCGUCCUUGCGUACGUUAUGAAGACAUUGAAUGAACGGUACAAUUAUGGCCUCGAUUUAUUUCUCUUGUCCAUCGAUGAAGGGAUCACAGGUUACAGAGAUGACUCUUUAGAAACAGUUAAACGGAAUCAGCAACAAUAUGACAUGCCCCUAAAGAUACUCUCAUAUGAUGAACUUUAUGGCUGGACUAUGGACAAAAUAGUUGCACAAAUAGGAAAGAAAAACAACUGCACCUUUUGCGGCGUCUUUCGCAGGCAAGCGCUUGACAGGGGCGCAGCUAGUUUGAAUGUUGAUAAUAUCGUCACUGGACACAACGCAGAUGACAUUGCGGAGACUGUCCUCAUGAAUAUCAUGCGUGGUGACAUUGCUCGACUUGGGCGGUGUACUUCAAUUUGUACCCAGGGAGAGGAUACAAUUAAACGAUCCAAGCCUUUCAAGUACGCAUACGAGAAGGAAAUCGUCAUGUAUGCCUACUUCAAAAAACUGGAUUAUUUUUCAACAGAGUGUAUAUAUUCACCCGAUGCCUAUCGAGGACACGCACGGACGUUUUUGAAAGAUUUAGAAGCUGCUAGACCCAGUGCCAUCAUAGAUAUCAUUCACUCUGGGGAAGCAUUUGAAGUCAAGGAAGAAGUAAAGGCAGCUCAAAAGGCCCAGCAAACAUGCAAAAGAUGUGGGUACAUGUCUAGUAAUGAUCUUUGCAAGGCAUGUACACUGCUGGAAGGUUUGGAGAGGGGCAUGGCGAGCUCCGUCACAACUGACCGUGAUCGCAAGAAGAUGGAGGCCAUGGGCCCUGCACCGGAUAAUAUACGAACAAUCCCGUUGUUUCGUUCGACACCAACAAUUGCAGUGGAGGUACCUUCGCAAUCUUGAGUGGGCAGUGGCUCCAAAUUUAUUCGCCUAAUAUAAUACUAUCACAAUCACUAAUAAUGCGCUCGAUCAUAACACAUGUCGAAGAGCUAGGUAUAAUUAUCGACCAGAUAUCUCUGAUGGAGGUCGUCAAGAAGGUACUGGGCGUCCCUCUGCUUCACAAAAUGUCGUGAAAAGACGUUCGCAGUGAUCCAAGAGGUCAUCACACUGCUUG